CGCCUGACAUGCAUCGAUUGCUGCAGUUGAGCAUGACACCAACGUCAAAAGCAAUCCAUGUCGUCUACCUUCUUGUCAUGCUCCGCGUCGUGCAGAAGACGCAGCGACGAUCUCCCGUUCUCGAGGGCAUGGAAGGAUUCAUCUUGCAAAUGCUGACGGGCGAGUACGCCCACUUGCUUCUCGCAGGCAAUGCAGCCGCCGUGGUGACGUGGCUUCGAAGACUGUCCAAGCGCCAACCAUCUCAAGCAACAUGGCUCGAUGCGGGGCUAGUCUCCACCCACUUGCUACUCCUCGGGCGGUUGGCGCACCUUGCCAUGACCAACGCCAACAGCGCAGAUGCCUUUCGACGCGCGUUUAUCGAGCAUGGCUUGGUGUCUCCCGUGGACGCCGACCGACGCAUUGGAAAUCGGACGUGGAACGAGUGGUGGAGUGUAUGGAACCCGCUCCCAUUUGCAUUCCACUUUCCUGGACACAUCCAAACGGUCACGUAUGGCUGGGUCGGCGAGCGGUUGCCGCAUGCGCUGCAGAUGGACGUGUACCGUCAUCACAAUUGCGCGGCCAUGCCGCCUGUACUGCUGUUCAUCCAUGGCGGAGGGUGGAUGCUUGGCUCGAAGAGCAUGAUCCCAUCAUCCUUGCUCCAUGCUGUUGCGCAAAAGGGAUGGCUUUUCUGCGCCAUGGACUACCGCAAAGCGCCGUUUGUGAGCUUUCCAGACCACCUGAUCGACUGCAAGCGCGCUGUGGCAUACUUGCGGUCGUCGUCACGGACGCUCCGAGCAGACACAUCGAAAAUCGUAGUCUGCGGCGAGUCGGCCGGUGGUCAUUUGGCUUCGCUUUUAGCCAUCACAGCCGACGAUAAGUCGUUCCAGCCCGGGUUCGAAAACGCUGAUUGCUCCGUCAUGGCAUGUAUCGAUGCAUACGGCACGCACGAUCUCACGGACCGGUUUGGCCAUUACGGACGUAUCGAUAUCCCGUAAGCGCUCGAUUGACUCCACUUGUUGGGGGGUCCCGACGAGCCGCCAUCGCUGCAGCGCAUGCUGCCGUUUUCUACCUGUAUCGAUUGAAGUCUCACCAACGGUAUAGGAGGAAGUACCGCAAUUACGUCCAAGCCGUCCUGAUGAACAGCCGAUUGUGCACGAACCGCCCGGCGUUUGAGCUCGCAUCGCCAUACUACCACCUUCUUCACCAUAAACCGUCCGUGCUCGUUCCGCCAUUCCUGUGCGUCCACGGCACGUACGACUCGGUGAUCCCGUUUGAAGAUUCACGCGAGUUCUACCACGCGCUGCAGCGCCAUCGCGAGCAUACGGGUCGUACGAACGCGGUCCCAGAUAUAUUUGUCCCCGUGCCGCAAGCCGAGCACGCGUUCAACGCGAUCCGGUCUCUUCGAACGCUCGCCUACAACGAUGCUGUCUGCGUCUUCCUGGACGCCCUCGUCACUGCGCGACCGCGGCCCAAGACCACCGGACCGAGUGCAGACAGCGCGCCAACGUCCAGAUUGUAAUAGAAUUCGCUCGCGACGGAGCCUUGGUUCACGUCAUUUCAAGUCUAGACGAGAUAGACCAUUCUCGACAUUCCAAUGCGAUUGUCGACGCAUGAAUGAGGUGAAACCCG